AUGCCUAAAACUAAAAAGCCAACUCGCAUUAUUAAGUCAAAUAUUAAUUCCAAGUUAAAUAUUGGCGACGACAGCUUUAAUAAUAUUCUCAAACCGACGUUCCCUUCCACUUUAUCAAUAAAUGAAAUUAUGAGUGUUAUUAAAGCACCUAACAAUAUUAAAAAGGCAAAAACAUUUCCGAAUGCUUUCAUCACGUAUAAAAAGGCAUUAAUUAAAGAGAAUCGUAACAGAAACAUCAAAUUACCUCCUAUGGGUCAACUUUCAAAAAUUGCAUCAUAUUAUUGGAAUGAGGAACCAGAAAACGUAAAGGAAUUUUACAGAAAGCUAUCCGAGAAAGCUAAAUCUUUUUAUAAACAAAAUGUGAUUCAAAUCGUAUUUGAUAAAAAUAUGAUUGAAGUUGAAGAGGCUUCACGUGUUACAAGUGUAAUUAAUAAAGCUGACUCGAAUUAUGUCAAUAAUAUCCAAGGCAUUGACGUUGAAAAUAUAAUCUAUACGCAAAAUUCAACAAGUGUGUGUCUUCCGAUUGAAGAUAAUUCUGCCAGCGGUAUGAGUUUUUUCCCCGACAACAAUUAUAUCAAUAGUUCCCAAGCUAGUUUUCCCAAUAGUAACUUUUUCGAAGACCGGUAUUUAAUGAAUCAAGUUCCUAACGAUCAAGAGUAUAUUAAAACGUUGGAAUGCGAAAGCAUUCAGUUUUCUCCUGAUUCAGAUUAUUUCAAUAUCCAAGGCAUUCCCGGUGAGGAUAUAAUCUUUACGCCGAAUUCGUAUCUUCCCAUAGAUUAUUCCGCUUGUAACCUUUUCGAUCGAGAGUAUGGAAUGGAACAUAAUUUUACCGAUUUAGUAUUGGUUGAAAAUAAUCAAGAAAGUGUUUCAACUUAUGGCACAUACUCGGAAUAA